UCACACGCACGGUUCUGGGACACGACAGAAGUUGCUCCCAGGAGAGAACAUUAUUGCCCGGUACUGUUUGAAGACUUGAUACAUUUAUGUCGGUUAAUGUCUGUGAAGUAUCCUUCUCUGACUAGAAGAAUGUUGGCUAGAAACUACAAGAUAGCAGCUACGUGGGAAAGAGAAUCCAUUCUCCUUCAGGUCCGAGGCCUGAACGGAAUACUUAUGAACUCUGUGUCCCCAAUACCACCAGUAGCCUCCAAGGAGGAGAUACUGGCCACUGAAGGACAUGUUCUGGAGACCUUCUAUCCCAUCUCUCCUACAAUUGAUCUCCAGGAAGUGAAUGUGUACCAAGAGCUCAACCAUACAGGUUUUAGAGAUGGUUAUCCAUUCUCUCAUCCUCACACUCUGUUCUUCCUGGAAUCGGCCAACAUUCGUCCUAAAAGGUUCAGACCAGAACAGCUUCGUGCUAAAAUGCUGAUGUUUGCUUUUGGCAACGCGCUGGCAAAGGCUAAGGUGCUGUACGGGAAUGAUCCCAAGGUUUUGGAGCAGCCAGUAGUGGUGCAGAGCAUUGGCACAGAUGGCCAGCUCUUCCAGUUCAUGGUGUUCCAGUUAAACACAACAGACCUUGUCUCUAGCGAUGGCAUAAAAAAUCUAGUCUGGAUUGAUGCUGAUCAGAAUCUGUAUGAAAAAGCCCAGUGUAUUCCUGAAGUCAAGAAGAGAGUUGUUACGAAGCCCGCUGGAAUAUAUGGCUUUCAGCCAGACACAUUCAAGAAGUUUCUGGCACUGUAUCUGCAUGGAACUGUGUGAAAUUCAGCUCGAAUGAAAAUACUUCACCAACUGUACCUGCUGCUUCUCUUUGCCAGAACCAUCACAUAAUUAAAGAAAGGUGGAUUAAUUCACUUUCAAAAAUAAAUUAUAUUGUUACCAAAAGUAAAAAAUUUUUUAAACUGAA